AAAUAAAAAAUAGAAACCAACAUUGCAGUAUAUAUGUGAUCAGUUGGUGUUAGUUUUGAGCAUUACUAUUCAAUUUCUAAUCAAGAAAGGAAAAAAUGGCCGCGGAUAAGGUGAUUCUGCUGGAUUUUUAUCCUAGCAUGUUCGGAAUGAGGGUGAGAGUGGCGUUAGCGGUGAAGGGAGUGGAAUACGAAUACAGAGAGGAGGACUUGAGCAACAAAUCGCAGCUUCUUGUUCAAUCCAACCCGGUUCACAAGAAAAUCCCGGUUUUGAUUCAUAACGGGAAGCCCGUUUGUGAAUCACUCAUCAUUGUUGAGUAUAUCGACGAGGUCUGGAACCACAACUCCCCGCUCUUGCCUUCUGAUCCUUACCAGAGAGCCCAAGCUAGGUUUUGGGCUGAUUUCAUCGAUAAAAAGAUGUAUGAAGUUGGGAAAAAGGUGUGGACUACAAAAGGGGAAGAGCAAGAAGCGGGGAAGAAGGAAUUCGUUGGGAUUCUGAGGCAGUUGGAGGCAGAGCUCGGCGACAAGCCCUUCUUCGGAGGCGAGAGCUUCGGAUUCGUUGACGUGGCGUUGAUCACAUUUUCGACGUGGUUCCACACCUAUGAGACUCUGGGGAAUUUCAGCAUCGAAGAGCAUUGCCCCAAAUUGAUUGAGUGGGUGCAGAGGUGUAUGGAGAUAGGAGACGUGGCCAAAGCGUUGGUAGAGCCCAACAAGAUUCACGAAUUCGCUUUGGCCCUCAAGACCAAGUUUGCUGCCAACUGAUUUUAUUGUGUAGUCUAGCUAGUGUGUGUGGCUUUUAUGAGUUGUAUUUUUAUACAGUUUGUGUUGAACAAUAAAGGUCUAGACUAUCUACACUGCAGUUGUACUUAUAUUGCCUUCAGCAUUCGCCUACUUAUAUAAGGCAUCCACAGUAAGGCGGACACUUCCAAUA